AUGCAGUCCUUACCAAUCGGCCCGAAGGGCAUUGCAAGCAUGGAUGAUUGUAUCUAUGACCGAUUAGCUGCCAUAUACAGCCGAACACAUCAGGGUGACCUGAUCCAGUGUUUUGGGGGCCAUGAGCAUUCGGUACAUUCAAUCUGGUCUGUUAUCAAACCACAGCUCAACUUGCAAGAGUUCAACUCAUACCGAAUGUUGCCCCACAUUGCCCUCGAUGAGCCGACUUCCCCUUCUCAGCUUGUCAACAUCCACGAGUUUCAUCAACCCGUGUCGUCCGUCAUCAUUGGGGUUGCUAUAAGUCUUGGAAGCGGACUUUCAGACUCAUGUUUUGACGAGUUCUUUUGCUUUCUGCUUUUACAGCAGAUUGCACGGUUAUCCAAUACCUUAGUGGCCAAACAGGCCAUUAAAAAUUCCUCGGUUGCAGAAGAGGUGGUUGAUCUUGUGAAUGAUGAACUGCUGGUCCACCCCUCGAACUCCCAAUGGAAUACCGUGGGCCGAGAAUAUCUCCUACAAAGAGUCUCUUUCUUCACCUCACGUGGAUUGACUAUCGAAAUGUGUUUGCCUGCUUUUCCUUGCAAAUCCUCCAACCCCAACAAGGUUGCCGGAGCACUUCCAGACCGCGGCGAAGAGCUAGCCCUGCGGCGGCUCUAUUCGGUUUCGCGGAGACUGAAAUCUAUAUACGAGCCUGGUGUGAGGAUUUGCAUUAUAAGUGAUGGACAUGUCUUUAGUGACUGCAUCGGAGUGGAUGAUGACCAGGUGGACGAGUAUGGCCUCCGGCUGCAUGAGCUCAAUGAAGCCAUUGCCACCCAAGAGCAACAGCCUGGGGAAGUCACAUUCCAGUCUCUGAAAGACAUCUUCCAUUCUGCCCCCAAGGAUGUUCUCGGGGAGACAAGAGCUUGCCAAAUAGAGCUACCCACCCUUGAACACUUCCUUGACACAAACAUCUCAACUGAAACCGAAUUUUGCCGCCAAAGCUUAACACUGGCUUGUCAGCCAGACAGAAACUCUUUGAGAUCCCAGAUCAAGGGCCAGGACUCCGCAAUUGUCUCGCUAUACCGUGGGUUUUCACGGUUUAUGCUGGAGGAUCUUGCAUUGCAUCCUCGCUCACAGGCGAUAUCACGAUCACAGAGGAAAAAGAUCGCCGAGAAAAUAUCAUUUGAGAUGUUGUUGCGCAACCAGGCCUACUCCAAUCUCGUGGAAUUGUUUUUUCCCAUGCAUGUCCGACUUUCGAUCCACGCUCAUGUCAACUCCGGUCCCAAAUUUGGCAUCUCGCUGUUUGAUCGAUCGAAAACCCGCGUGAUUGACAAUUUAGACGACCUGUCGAUCAUUGCAAAGCCGUCCCAUGACCUUUUGCAUAUUCCAACCCCAUGGCACAAUUGUGUUUUCCAGGUUUCGGGGAGCGACUUCACGUAUAUCGCCAAAUCAAAGGUGAUUCAUGAGGCUCGACUGUCAAACAUCAUUCAAGCAGACUGGGUGAUGCACGAUCGGGAGGGUGCUACAGGAGGUUAUUUCCAGAUCGAUGCCCCUGUCCAUACUGAGACAAGUCAAAUCACCACUAUGAGCACAGCCAAGUCGCCGAUCGUGUCAUCUGUUCUUGAAAAGACUUCUCCUACAAUUGCAGAUGUCACUGCCAACGAAACAAAGACCAGCAAGUCUUCUCGGAACGCUCUUUUCCGUGGGAUCAAGAGGCUAUUUCGAUAUAGGAUUCGGGGUCUCCAAUCGCGCACCCUCCACCCCCAUACUCCAGGAGAAAUGGGUCCCAAAUCCUAA